CUCCAUAAUCAGAAUAUUGCUAGAGAGAGAGGAGGAACCCGCUUGGUCGCUCAUGAAUUGGUGUCUUGACAGUACAGACGGUCCAUUCCCUCCCUCUACCCUACCUAGUGCCUCCACUGAGAAAAGUCACACACUUGUCCAGUCCAAGGGCAAACGAAGUUGGUAGAAUGAUAAGCAAUUCAGUUCAGAGAUGGGGUAUUGGUGUCUGAAGCACAGUAGUUCAACUGUGGUCGAGAAUCACUAAGACCCCAGUGGUGGGUUAAGGGUAGACGGACAGACAGACGUUGGACAUAAAGCCCUCGCUCGUCCGGGAUUAAAAAGGGACUAAGAGAGGCAGAAGACACAAGACCACAGUAAAGACCACGGCAAAGACAGCCCUCCUUCUUCCCGCCCCUCGCCGGCUGUCUCGUCAUGUUCCGGCGGAAAAAGAAGCGGAGGCCAGAGAUCUCGGCACCACAGGACUUUGAGCAUCGGGUCCACACGUCAUUCGACGCAGUGCAGGGGUGCUUCGUGGGCCUGCCGCCCCAGUGGCAGAGCGUCAUUGACAUCCUGAGGAGGCCAAAACCGGUGGUGGACCCGUCCCGGAUCACCAAUGUGGAGCUCAGGCCCAAGAAGACCAUUUGUAGGGGGAGUUUCAUUGGACACGGAGACUACAUCUCCCACGUCAUCUCCGAGAUGACUCGUCUUACCGUCACCAGUUCCAACUCGCUUCGGAAGAGCAGUCCUUCGGCGCGGCAACGGGCACGCUCCAUGGGGCGCCUGGGCGACCUCGUCGAAGGGGACACGUAUCAGUAUGAGGAGCUGGGCCAAGAGACGCGUCAUAACGGCGGUAACAACUACUGGCAGGUACAAAGCGAGAGCGGCAGCCCAAAACUGGCUCUUAGGAAAACCUCCACCCUCCAGCCCAAUGGGGUACUGCCUCGGGCAAAGUCGACGCAUGAGAUGAGCACGGCGGCUGGGGAUAAACCUGCACCUCUGCCGAAGGGGCCAGUCCCCACGCCCCCUAGAGGAGGAGGCACAGGUCAUUAUACACGUAGCGAAUGGGCCGGACAUAUAAAUAGGCCGGGACAGCAGAUGGGGAUGCCGCAAAAGGGCAAGGUAGCCAAUCAGAGGCCGGCAUCCUGCUAUAACCUGCAGACCCUGCAGACGCAGCAGCAGGUCAACAUGAGGGUCAAGCCUGGGGUCAGUCAUCUGCCGGACCUUCUGACCUCCUCCAAGGAUACUUCUCCUCAGAGACCCCACUCGUCCUGUGACCUGAAGAUGAAUUCAUUAGGGCCCUCGGCCAUGUCCUUACCCAAUGGCACCAGCAGCCUGAUCGCAGGCCGAGGGCGAACCCACAGACCCUCACGCUCCUCCUCCAGCUACACCAUUGGAUUGUUAUCACCCAUAGUUCAGGGGGCUACCAUGCCCCUACUCCCCAAACAGGACAGCCCAUCCCAGCCCCGGCCUUCUCCCACGGGCUCCCCGGCCACCAGCUCAACAGGAACGGCCCAGCAGCAACAGCCCAAACCCAAGCUUGGGCCAGAGCCCGAGCCGGCCAAAGUGACCCAUGAACAGUUCAAGGCGGCCCUGCAGAUGGUGGUGGACAAGGGCGACCCACGCACCUCCCUGGAGAACUUUGUGAAGAUCGGGGAGGGCUCCACGGGGGUUGUGUGCAUUGCCCGCGAGAGGCAUAGUGGUCGGCAGGUGGCAGUGAAGAUGAUGGAUCUCCGUAAGCAGCAGCGCAGAGAGCUGCUCUUUAAUGAGGUGGUGAUCAUGAGGGACUACCGGCACAACAAUGUUGUGGAGAUGUACAGGAGUGCCCUGGUGGAAGAGGAGCUGUGGGUUAUCAUGGAGUACCUGCAGGGCGGCGCUCUAACCAACGUUGUGUCUGAAACCAGGCUGAAUGAAGAGCAGAUAGCCACCGUGUGCGAGGCUGUACUACAGGCAUUAGCCUAUCUCCAUUCCCAGGGAGUUAUCCACCGUGACAUCAAGAGUGACUCUAUACUGCUCACGCUGGAUGGGAGGAUCAAGCUGUCAGACUUUGGAUUCUGUGCUCAGAUCAGCAAAGACAUCCCCAAAAGGAAGUCCUUGGUUGGAACACCGUACUGGAUGGCUCCAGAGGUUGUGUCAAAGACGCCAUAUGGAACUCAGGUGGAUGUGUGGUCCCUGGGUAUCAUGGUGGUAGAGAUGGUGGAUGGAGAGCCUCCGUACUUCAGUGACACGCCAGUGGCAGCUAUGAAGAAACUGAGGGACGAGCCGCCACCCACAGUCAGGAACACACAGAAGAUCUCCCCUGUGCUGAAGGACUUCCUGGAUCGUAUGCUAACACGGGACCCCCAGGAGCGGGCUACCGCUAGCGACCUGCUGGAGCACCCCUUCCUGCUGCAGUGUGGCUCGCGGCAGUGCCUGGUGCCCCUAGUAGAACGAUACCGUAAGCGCAUGUCCCGCUGCUGACUCACCCAAACGCACAGGAUCCAUGAUGGCCGAAGAAUGGGCUGAUCCCCUGACGUCUGACCCUAGGUUAACAGGCAACCUGUCGCUCCAUCCACCGCAUUGGUAUUGAGUCUCAAUGCCCACUACAGGAAGUGGAUUUACUGUCACUCGGUGUGUGGAUGGAUAGAUAUGGAGUCGAUCAGAAAAGCCUCUCUUUCUUUAUCUUGUCCCUUUUUAUUUGCUCCUUUUCUCUGGAAUCCCUUCAGAUCCACAGGAGCAUCCUCGCUCCCUUGUUGGGCAGUGUAGGGCAGGAUGGAAUUGGAUAUCUGAAUUUAAGGAUUUGUUAAUUAAUUCUAUGCAAAAAGUGCAACAAGCCCCAAUGCAGAAUCACAGUGACCUGAUCACUGAUCAUCCCCACCAUCGCUGUCCAAUUUGUCUUACUGACUUUGAAAUGUAACAAUUACGACUGACUUUGGUACUAUACUUGUUCGGUAAUUCAUUCUGUUAAACAAAUGAAUGACCAGACCCUUUCUACCAGAUCACAUAGGGGUACCCCUGGACUUGAUAAGGGGAUGAUCUACAAAGUUGUCCCAAGCAGAAGCUUUGUUUUGGUAUUGCUGGAGAAACAUGUUUUUAUAGAAUUUCAAAAUGGAUAAAGUAUUUUGGGAUAUUGCAGAUAUGAAUGUGAGGAGUAUAGUAAAGAGUAAGACUGUACUAAGUAUAGUCAAUGUUCUAUUCUGGGACAGGUAUCCCUGGGAAAACACUAUUGUAAUCAGAACCGAUCACCUGUAUUUAAAGUAUAAAAAGGGAUCCGCCAUACUUUGGUUAAACAUGUUUUUGACAAAAUAGGCAUGCAAUAUAUUGAAAUGGAAUAUAACACGGACAUGAGGUAGUUCAAAAUCUCAAGUCCGGAUUGUUUUGUAGCCUACUGAUGUACCCCUGUUAGCUGACUAGCCUAUUGACAUACCCCUGUUAGCUGACUAGGCUACUGAUGUACCCCUGUUAGCUGACUAGCCUACUGAUGUACCCCUGUUAGCUGACUAGCCUACUGAUGUACCCCUGUUAGCUGACUAGCCUACUGAUGUACCCCUGUUAGCUGACUAGCCUACUGAUGUACCCCUGUUAGCUGACUAGCCUACUGAUGUACCCCUGUUAGCUGACUAGCCUACUGAUGUACCCCUGUUAGCUGACUAGCCUACUGAUGUACCCCUGUUAGCUGACUAGCCUUUUUCAUGUACCCCUGUUAGCUGACUAGCAUAUUGUUGUACCCCUGUUAGCUGACUAGGCUACUGAUGUACCCCUGUUAGCUGACUAGGCUACUGAUGUACCCCUGUUAGCUGACUAGCCUUUUUCAUGUACCCCUGUUAGCUGACUAGGCUACUGAUGUACCCCUGUUAGCUGACUAGCCUACUGCUGUACCCCUGUUAGCUGACUAGGCUACUGAUGUACCCCUGUUAGCUGACUAGCCUUUUGAUGUACCCCUGUUAGCAGACUAGGCUACUGAUGUACCCCUGUUAGCUGACUAGCCUACUGCUGUACCCCUGUUAGCUGACUAGCCUAUUGAUGUACCCCUGUUAGCUGACUAGCCUAUUGAUGUACCCCUGUUAGCUGACUAGGCUACUGAUGUACCUCUGUUAGCUGACUAGGCUACUGAUGUACCCCUGUUAGCUGACUAGGCUACUGAUGUACCCCUGUUAGCUGACUAGGCUACUGAUGUACCCGUUAGCUGACUAGCCUACUGAUGUACCCCUGUUAGCUGACUAGCCUACUGCUGUACCCCUGUUAGCUGACUAGGCUACUGAUGUACCUCUGUUAGCUGACUAGGCUACUGUACUGUUUGCCAACACUGGAUACCUAUGUAUUGUAGCUUUCUUAUGUCAACACCCAUUUUCACAUGCAUUUUUGUCCUUCAGAAUGUUCUGUAUCUGACCCUGUACAGCAGUUUAUAUUUUUCAUACACUUCAAAAAUGUGACUUCACUUUGCACGUUAGUACUUGGUAAGUACUGGUAAAGGACAAAACCUAUGAAGGUACUUCUUUACAUUUUUUAAAAUAAAUAUCUGUGAACAAAUUA